AUGCGUGAUGGUGUCAACCAUGGAACAUUCUUGCACAUCGCUCAUGAGGAAGGCUUGAUCCGAAAUACUAGUAUACACGCGGGCAUCCGAGCUCCUGUGGUACGACCGAAAGGUGAUGUGCGCAACGACCUUCGAUGUGGUUUUGAGAUGGUCAAGGCUCGGGCAAUCGAUCGAUUGGGUGUAGCUGGAAUCAUCGACAAGCUCAAAUCUCGCGUCGCUGGAACGAAGGUCUACAUCAGUGUCGAUAUAGAUGUACUCGAUCCGGCAUUCGCACCUGGUAAGUUCUCAAACAAAACAUGCCACAAGUGA